AUGAGGAUUUUGAAUUUAUCUCCAUCUUCUUUCUUAUCUCUUGUCAUUACAUCUGUUAUUCUGUCUGAUAGCAAGAAUCAUGGGCUGACUAUUAUGAUCAAUGAAGAUGAUGGCAAUAAUUACCUGAGUAAGUAUUCUCAAGAGGGCGGUACAUGCCAGACUAAAGGUAGCACAAUUGCGGAUAACAACACGGAAGGGCUUCUAUCAGAUGCGAAUAACGCAGCAGAAGAAAUCAUUAUGACUCGGAAACCAAUUCUGGAGCAAGAUAGAUUCCUCCCUAUUGCAAAUAUAUCCCGACUGAUGAAAAAUGUGAUCCCUCGUUCCGGAAAAGUUGCCAAGGAUGCGAAAGAAUGCGUCCAAGAAUGUGUUUCCGAGUUUAUUUCCUUUAUUACAUCCGAAGCCUGCGAUCGUUGCCUUAAUGCAAGUGAGAAAAGGAAAACGAUAACAGGUGAAGAUAUUAUUGGAGCAUUUGCUACUCUUGGUUUUGAUAAUUAUGUCGAACCACUGACUGCAUAUGUGAGGAAAUUUCGGGAAGCUUUUCGUAGCGAUCGCAGUACUGAAACACUUCUUAUUGAUUCUUCGGGAUCUCAGCCUUCUUUUGUGCAGAAAAUGAGUGCUCAUGAGUCGAGUGAAUCCGCUACUUCUUCUGGUGCUUUUACCAUCCAAAGCGAACCGAUACCAUCCUCAAGCGCAUGCUCUUCUCAAAUUAUUUUUGCCGGCAUGAAAAUAUAUUUGCUUUUUUCUCGUGAAGAAGAUCCGGAUGGUGCAAUACGAGUGAUGAGCACAGGAAACGUGCAGCAUUUGCAGCUUUUAAUGGAUCCUGCUACUGGCCAACAUUACAUUAACGUGCAAAAUCCUAACGGUACACAACAACUUCUACCUGUUCAGGUAACGGCAGUUGCUGACUCUUCUGCCUUACCAUUAACCUUAGCUUGUUCGGAUGUGCAGAAUUUAACGGAUGAUAAGACGAUUGACAAAGAAAUGCCUGAUUUCUCGACAGAACUUGAGUAUCAACCAUCAAUAGCGAAAUCUGAUAAUAUAGCCUCGACAUCAUGUCAACACUGUAUUUUCAAGGUAUCGCAGAUUACACGACAUGCUGGAGAGCAAUCUAGAAGUGAUACUACUUAUGGGCUGAAGCAUAGUUCCUCUGGGCUUUCGACAUCAAAUCAACACAAGCAACAGGUGCCGUAUGUUGGUAAUAUAGAACUAUUUGGACAUCAUCACAGUGAUAGUGGUACUUCUGAUGUUGAUACUCAGGAGCCACCAAGAAAACGAUCUCAUGAGAGUAUUGAUUACAUUAGUUUUGAAUGA